ACUCCUACGGUCUGAAGAUUCGGCGACUAGCUUGACACAGAGAAACCCUAGAGCAACUCUCUCUCUGCCAACAUGGGUAUUUCCCGUGAUUCGAUGCACAAGAGGCGUGCCACUGGAGGCAAGAAGAAGGCUUGGAGAAAGAAGAGAAAAUAUGAGCUUGGAAGGCAACCUGCAAACACUAAGCUGUCAAGCAACAAGACAGUGAGGAGGAUUAGGGUUCGAGGUGGAAAUGUUAAGUGGCGUGCUCUGAGACUUGAUACUGGAAACUACUCGUGGGGAAGUGAGACUGUGACACGGAAGACCAGAAUCUUGGAUGUGGUGUACAAUGCCUCCAACAAUGAGUUGGUCCGUACUCAAACUCUGGUGAAGAGUGCCAUUGUUCAAGUUGAUGCUGCUCCGUUCAAGCAAUGGUAUCUCCAGCACUAUGGUGUUGACAUUGGUCGCAAGAAGAAACCCUCAGCUGCAGUGAAGAAAGAAGGAGAGGAAGGUGAAGCCCCUACUGAGGAGGUGAAGAAGAGCAAACAUGUCUUGAGGAAGCUGCAGAAGCGUCAGCAAAAUCGUGUUCUUGACCCACAUAUUGAGGAGCAAUUUGGAAGUGGUCGAUUGUUGGCUUGUAUUUCAUCUCGCCCUGGCCAAUGUGGUCGUGCUGAUGGAUAUAUCUUGGAGGGCAAAGAGCUUGAGUUCUACACGAAGAAGAUUCAGAGAAAGAAGGGGAAGGGAGCCGGUGCUGCCUAAAAUUUUGUUACUUCUAUCAGUUGAGAGUGUCUUUGUCAGUCUAUUUUUACCCUUUUAGGAAUUGAACUUAUAAAGUUGUGUUUUAUGGGUGAACCUUUAAGUCUCUGGUUCUUUACUUGUUCCAUAAACCUUUGAGUUUGUGGGUGAACGAACCUUUUAAGUUUGUCGAUUUAGUUAUCAAAUCUCAAUACAGUUGAUCGAAAAGU